ACGAUGAACGCCUUCAAGCGCGCCAGCCUCAAGCUCAGCCACGCCGUCAAGCACAAGACGUUGAGUGGCGGGUCCACCGAGGAGAUCGUGGACGAAGCUUUAGAGAAGCGACUGAGUGAACACAAAGCGUAUGAAGAAAAAGUGAAGACGCUGCAAGCCUUGACGUUGGAUGCGCGCGCGCAAUUAGGAGAAGUUUUUCUCCAAAUCGGCAACGCGGCGCAAUGCGUCGAACAAUUGUCAGAUCAUCAGCUCGACCCGGCCUCGGCACGCGCGACGCUAGGCCUGCCGCCGGAGCCCGGCGACGACCCGAAGGCCGACGAGCAGACGUUCUUGAUGCUCCUAGAAAUAGCAGACAAGGCGAAAGUCGUGGGAGGUGCGAUGCAGGAGGCCUUUCAUGGUGCCUUCGGCGAGGGUCUCCAGAACGCCCUCCUCGCACCGUUGGAGCAGGAGACGCAAGCCUUCAAGGACACGGCGAAGAAAUUGGAAGAUCAGCAUCGCACGGCCAUGGAGGCGAGGCACUACCGCGAGAAGAUCGUGAGUAUGAAUGCUGGGAAAACGAAAAACGACCCCGAGAAACUCGCGCGGAAUGCUGGUAAGUCUGCGGAGGCCGAACGAGCGGCAGCAGACGCCAAGAAGGCUUUGGAAGAUGCCUUUGCCGCGCACGAUGCGGCUCGCUUGGACAUCUGCUGCAAAAGGGUGGGUCAUCUCAAAGGCAUGCUGCAUCGCUUCUGCGAGCUCGUACUGACGGCGUUGUCCAUGGAUGCGUCCAUGGUCAAGCUCACGAAAGGUAAAACCGAAUUAGAUGCGUCCAACGUCUACGGGGACGUGAAUGUGAUGUCGAUAGCCGAUCGCCUGAAGAAGGGCAUGGGGUUGACCGAGCGGACGACGCCGCCGAAGCGGCACUUGAAAUUGGCUCACUACAAGGCCCACGCGCGCACCGCGUUCACGACCGGUAAACAGAGUGGGGAAGACAAGCCGGUCGACGCGGAAGAGCGCGAGGUCGACGAGAUGACGCUACGGUUCAACCAGUCCACGGAACAGCUCCAAAACCUCCUGAAGACGACGGAGGACGUGGCCAAGUGGUACGAGUCCGGGUUUAGAGGCAUGGUGGCGGUUGCCGGGGAGUUGCCGGCGUUUGCUUCGGAUUCCGAUCCCUCGGAAAGGACCGCCGCGGUGCUCACUUUUCAUGCUACUCUCGAGGAGGUGUCGGCGGCUCUAGCGGAGCAGUUCCUAGGACCGUUUCAAUCUUCCGUGAUAGAACCCUUGAAACAAGGUCUGGAGGAGUACCGGGACACGACGCAGAUGCUCCAAGAUCGCAAGGCCAAAAAAAUGGAGCGGGACCACUACCAGGCCAAGCUCGAAAACUUGGAAAGGGAAAAAGUCGAAAAGGACUCGCUGGAGAAGACCACAGUGAAGCAAAAACAAGAGCUAGCCGACCGACUCACUAGAAAUAGGACCAAGGCCUUCGAAACAGCCGAAGAAGCGAAACAAGCCACGAAAGAAGUCAGAGAUAGAUUGCGAGCCUACUCCAAGUUCGCGCGGGGCCAGUGCCAGGCGGUGGGGGAUGCUCUUGUACCUCUACAAAGGGAUUUUUACGUUGCUUUUGCCGAGAAGGUCGUGAAGGGUCUUGCAUUGGACCCCGACGCGACGCCGGUAGAUCAGCGCGCCGCCGACAAGCUCAAGGACCUCAUGGCGCGGGGCCUGGCCGUGCCGAACGCGGGCAUGACGACGGACCGAGGCGCGGCGGCCGCGUUCCAGAUGCGGCAGCCGACGGGGCCCCCCAAGACGCCGGAGGAGAGUCUUGCGGGCAAGGCUCCUCUCAGCGCGGGCGAGACGGAACGGGUGCGGGACUUCAUGGUCGCGGAAACCUCAAAACCGCCCGACCAAUUGCCGCCCGCGCCGCUGCCGCCGCCGGCGACAGAGGAAAAGGUCCUGCCGCCGGGCAUGAUGGAGGUCGUCGGGACCUUCGACUUCGCGGCGGACCAGCCCGGGGACCUGGGCUUCAAGGCCGGCGACGUCAUCCUCACGGACGCGGCGGCCUUCGCGGCCGCGGGCGACUCGGGCGGCUGGGUCUCGGGCGAGCUCAACGGCAAGCAGGGGUCCUUCCCCUCGAACUACUGCGCGCCGAAGUAG